AUGCCAAGAUCAAGUCCUUUAGUAUCUCCUAAUACGAGUUUCACUUCUGAUGGCUCCUCGUCUCCGAUAGGAGAAAUUAAGCGAAAAGCAGAAGACAGUGACAGUGAACCUGAACCAGAGGAUAACGUCAGGCUUUGGGAAGCUGGGUGGAAGCAGCGGUACUACAAGAACAAAUUUGACAUUGAUGCAGCUGAUGACAAAUUCCGUCGUAAAAUUGUACAGUCUUACGUUGAAGGGCUCUGCUGGGUUCUUCGAUAUUAUUACCAGGGCUGUGCUUCCUGGAAGUGGUAUUAUCCAUUUCAUUAUGCACCAUUUGCUUCAGACUUUGAAGGUAUUGCAGACAUGCCUUCUGAUUUUGAGAAGGGUACUAAACCGUUUAAACCACUGCAACAACUUAUGGGAGUUUUUCCAGCUGCAAGUGGUAACUUCCUACCUCCAUCGUGGCGGAAGCUCAUGAGUGAUCCUGAGUGUAGUAUAAUUGACUUCUACCCUGAAGAUUUUGCUAUUGAUUUAAAUGGGAAGAAAUAUGCCUGGCAAGGUGUUCCUCCGUUGCCGUUCGUGGAUGAGCGAAGGCUGCGAGCUGCCCUAGAAGAGGUAUACCCAGACCUCACUCCAGAAGAGACUAGAAGAAAUAGUCUUGGAAUCGAUGUCUUAUUUGUGGGGAAACAUCACCCACUGCACGACUUCGUUUUAGAGCUGUAUCAGACAGGUUCCACAGAGCCAGUGGGUGUACCACCUGAACUAUGUCAUGGGAUUCAAGGAAAGUUUUCUUUGGAUGAAGAAGCCAUUCUUCCAGAUCAAAUAGUGUGUUCUCCUGUUCCCAUGUUACGGGAUCUGACACAGAAUGCUGCAAUCAGGUGGGCUGGCAUUGAGUCUGAAGUCUUCUUCUAGAAAGACGUGAUUCCUGCCCCAACUACAAAGGUUUACAAAAACCAACUCUUCUGGAAAACUUGUGGCCAGCUAAUCCCCCUGUGUGUCUCAUUCCUAUCACACUUGAUCAUUGUUUGAAAUGUUUCAUUUAUUAUUUUCCAUGCUCUCAUUCCCACAUGACUCCAUGUUUCCUCAGCCCAGACCCAACCACUUUGUGCCUCACUUCCCUCAAAACGGUUCCCCUGGCCCUGUGAAUUUCCUGCCACAUCUUUACU